UCGAGUCACCGUGGAGAAGGUAAACUAACCACAGAAACUUCCGUCCUUCCCGCCAUGUAAUGGAACCGAGCAGGCCGCCGAUCUGUCGGUACCGAUACCCGGUGCUUCGUGGAUUGGAGCGGUACCGCGAGCGGGACCGACAAGCUGGUACUGACUCCGAGUUGCCUCGUCCGUCCCCGAGAACAUGAAGCUUCUGCUUUCACUUCAGCUGUCUGCACUUUCUGACACGCUUCUCUAAUUCCACCACCUGGAACUGCUCUGGAACUGGAUCGGAGCCGAAACACGUCAGGACUGUGCCCUGGUAUCUUUUUAAUGGCUCCUUUUGGACAACCUGAAGAUGGAGGACUAAGGCUGCGCCCACUGGGCAGGUAGUCCCACUGACCCCGUCCCUCCGUCGCCAUGUUGGCGCUCUGCUCCCUGCAAAUGUUUUUAUUGACGCUGGGAGUUGUUGUGGUCCUCUUUAGCGACCGGCCACGCCUUCUCAAGGACACGUGCACUGUGAAUGUGGAGCGAUGCAGAAGUGAAAGAUGGCUUUUGGUGUGAGACAGUGACCUCAUGCAGUGUGACAUCACUGUUGGGGGUGUGGCCUGAAGAGCUGAACCUGCAGGUGUGUUAAUCUUGCCGGAAAGCGCCGGAAUUGCUGUCUACCACACCUCCACCGACCCCCUCCCCACCCACCGUCUACCGGUAAGCUGCACUGCCAUCUGUCAGCGCUGCGUCUCAUUGGCUGAGGCGACAGGCUCCGGCGGGACGUGAUUGGCUGGCACGCCGCCCAGAAGAAAGAGGCGGAGUCAAGCUGAUUGAUAAAGGGGGAAGAGGAGGAGGAGCUGAGGCGCGAUGAGUUGACGGCUCGCACACAACAAGUGUUCAGCGUGAGCGAGAGAGGAAGAGGGGGUUACCACGGCAACUCAGAGGACACCACAGUAGAGGACAAACAGAUUGAAGAAAUGACUGCACAACAGCCGUGGUGCACCAGUCGCACCUCAGCAAAGAAACAUAAUCGAAGGUCCUGACAAAUAAAGAGCUGGGUUGGACAUUUGGUUGGCAAAGGGCCAAAAUGUCCCAGGCAGGCAAAGUCCUCCACCUAUAUGUUGAGGUGAGGUCUGUGGCCGAAGAUGGUGGAAGAAUUCCUGGAAUUGGAAAUGAUGGGAACCUGAACCUUCAGUGCCCAGAUGUUCUCCCCCACUCUCAGAGGAGCUCCGUACAGUCCAGCCCCAACUGGAGUCCAGACCCUUCCCCGCUCACCCAGCGCAGAAUGCUGGAUGGACGCCAUGGCUCGCCUCACUCUAACUCGUCCUCCAGGCACUCGGUCAGCUCUCAGGGCCAGCACCCUGAUGCCACAGAUUCCUCCGCUCACUUCCACCAGGAAGACAUUUUACCCAACAGUUUUGAAGACUUGCUUCAGGUGCUCACAUGUGCGGCCAGCAGUUCAGGGCAUCAUUGCUCACCAGCACUCACGUCUUCAUCGCAUGUAUAUCCCUACCAGAGACGAGAGGUUACCAACCCUUCUACCUCUUUCGGGAAGCUGACUGCACCUUCCACACCCACUUGCGGUCAGAGGUCCUGUGAGGUCCUGGAGUCAGAGGGACAAGAAAGCAAGACAUCUGUGGUGACCUUUGGCUAUGUCGAGAAAGCAAAUGUUCACAUGAUGGGCGACCGUUGUCCUUCUUUUUGCCAAAGUGAGUCCAGCAGUAACCAAAGGGAGCAGCAGUUUGUGCCCGCCCACCUUAGGAAGAGGUUAAGUGAUCCAUUAGGAUUCAGUGGUCACACAGGAAAGGGUGGACUUCGCUCAUCUGCCAAUAAUAGCCCACAGGGCUCACCUUUCCUGCACAGAGAGGUGGUAGCAAGAGAUGCCACCCACAGGGCCUUGGAGGAGUUUGGCUCGCCAGAACUAAGGCGUCGCUUUUCAGGUCGUAGCCAAGAGAACUGCAGCCCAACCCUCCCGCGAAACUAUCUCUCACCUGUCUGUCGCUCGUGGGCAGGGUCACCUGUCCAGCCACGCAGUACCUUCACCUUACCAUCCAAUUCUCAACUACGAGAUCUCGACAGGGGAGUCUGCCAGAACCCCAUGAAUGGAUUUCCAAGAAGCCCGGCAUCUGAUCAGCUGUGUGCCCACACUGGCUUUUCAUCCCACACAGUGGCUCCAACUUCAGUACUUCAUUCUCGCAACCAUCCCCAGAACCUACAAUCAUCCUGGCUGGGGGACAACAGUCCAGCAACCAGCCCUCCCUGCAGAUUUCACCCUCCGUUACCUGCUGGAAGACCCACAGAUAUUCUACAUGAAGUGCCAAGGAGCAGACCCAGUCAUGAGACCACAACCGCUAAUAGCGGUAGACGCGCCUCCGCCUUCACGACUGCUUAUGUUUUUUCAGCACGACAAACUACUUCUCCAACACCUUCCCAGACCGAGUCACUGAGGUCAGUUAGUCUGAAUACGGGAGGGUCAGUUAGUCCAAAUACUGACUGCUCAGUCAGUCCCAAUAUUAGCGGGUCAAUUAGUCCAAAUACUGGAGGCUCAGUCAGUCCAAAUAUCGGAGGGUCAUUCCUUAGAAAAUCCCAAGCAUAUUCUGGGCUUCAUGAGGAGCUCUACCCUGAGCUAGUACAGGUGGACAAACAGAGUCAGAGAUUGAAAAGAGACAAAUGCAAAUCUCAAAUUCAACCAGGACGUGUUUCACCUGUCUUAGCUCAGCUCAGCUUACCUGUGAGGUCUCAUUCACGCAAGGAACAAAGUUCAAAAGACAAUCGGCACAUGUCCUUCCCACUCCAACACCAGCAGGAGACACAGUCUGAUGGAGACCACACAUCUACAUGCUUGGAUCACAAGAAACUUGAUGGCCCACACAGCCUUAAUAGCUCAGAACUCAUUAAAAGACCCAUCUCCUCCCAAACAUCUGAGGCUUCAGCUGUGAGCUGUACCUCUUCACACCAGGAACUGAGGAACACCGGUCCGAGCAAAGACAGGCUGAAAAGCUGUAAGCUUGACAAAUCCAGACGGUUUGAUUCUAGACCCAAAGAGUGUUCCAGAAAGCAUGACGACCAGGCCGUACAGGAGCACAGCAAAUUGGUGGGGGGUCCGUCCAAGACAUGGCAAGAGGACGUUCAGGAUCACAGCAAGUCCGACGGAAGUUCAGCCGUGAGUCCGUCUUCAAGAUCGCAAAAAAUUGCCCAAGCGAAGUGGGAUUUCCUGUUUGGACAGCAGAGCCUCGCAGAAGCUCGCAGCAAUAAAGGUGCUGCGUCGGCCACGCCCCCUCCUUGCCCGAGCCCUCCCCCCUCUGUCCAUCCCAAGCCAGCCGAUCACAGGAGGGGGAGGGCCGACCAGGCUCACAGGUCAUCGCACCAAAAGGUUCGGAAGAUCGAGGUGGAGCUGGUCUCCUCAGACCCCAGAAGCUCCUCCCCCAAGACGGGUGUCAUACGGCGAACCAUCAAAUACUCUGAGACGGAUCUAGACGCCGUGCCGCUGCGCUGCUACCGGGAAACUGACCUGGACGAGGUGAUGCGAGCGGAGGCGGACGCCGCCGCUGAGGUGGAUUCAGCCUUUGGGAGUCGUCGCAGUGUCCAAGGAAACUCGAGCCAAAGUCUCGCCGAAGCUUCUCCGAAGGAGGAUGAGGAGGACGAGGUGGCGGGCUGGGCCAGUGUCCGCUUGCAGGGAGAACGCCAGAGAAAGAGAUCAACCGAGGACGAGGCUUUCGGUCUCUUGCUGAAGGGGAACUCUGAGGUCAAGUCUCCGGUGGCUGUGGGCGUCCCCCGCCAGCACUCCGACAGCAACCUGGACUCUUUCAGUCGCCAUUUUGAAAGCAUCAUGGAGUCUCACCGGGCCAAAGGAACCUCAUACAGCAGUCUAGACAGCGUCGACCUCCUGACGACUGGAUCGACGUCUGUGUUCACCUUUGACCUGCCCACGCUCACGCCCGAGAUCCAGAGCCAGAUCUGCGAGAGUGCCAAGAAUAUCAUCCAGCUCAGUUUUGCUCCCUUGGCUCGUCCGGACCCGUCCGAGAUGUCUCGCUCCGAAAUCAGCCUCAACAUGGCGGGGGCCGAGAUGCGUGGCGGCACCAAAGACGACUACGCUCCUCCUGUCCGGACCGGGUCGGACCAAGAGCCGUGGCGGCGCUCUAUCCUCAAAGAUGGCUUCCACAAAGCCAGCUCGGUACCGUCGCUCCACUGCACUCCAAGAGAACGUGCGGUCAACCACCCCCCCGAGCUGCUCUACCCGCAGGCCGACGUGGCCGAGCGACUGGCGCACGGUGGCGGCGACGACGUGCUGGCAAACGGCGCCAAGGCUGACCUACAGGCCGCCAAACGCCUCGCCAAGCACCUGUACCACCUGGACGGCUUCAGAAAGUCUGACGUGGCUCGACAUCUCAGCAAGAAUAAUGAGUUCAGUCGUAUGGUGUCUGAAGAAUAUCUCAGCAACUUUGACUUCCACAGACUGACUAUGGACCAGGCCCUCAGAACCUUCCUGGCCAAGUUCCCCCUGAUGGGAGAAACUCAGGAGCGCGAGCGAGUGCUGGCUCACUUCUCCAGACGCUACGUGCGCUGCAACCCAGACGGCGACACCACGGAAGACAGCGUCCACACUCUCACAUGUGCAGUGAUGCUGCUCAACACUGAUCUCCAUGGCAACAAUGUCGGCAAGAGGAUGUCCUGCAGUCAGUUUGUGUCCAACCUGGAAGGCCUCAAUGAGGGAAAAGAUUUCUCCAAAGACCUGCUGAAGACGUUGUACGCGUCCAUCAAGAACGACAAGCUACAGUGGACCAUCGAUGAGGAGGAGUUGAGGAAGUCCAUGUCCGAGUUGGUCGACGGUCGAACAGACUCCGCCUCCCACACCAUGAAGCGAAUCGGACGUGGCGGGAACCACCUGGUGGGUGUGGCCCAGCAGGCGGAUGGCGAGCUCUACAAGAGCGGCUUCCUGGUCCGCAAAGUCCACGCAGACCCAGACGGAAAGAGAACGCCACGUGGGAAGCGGGGGUGGAAGUCUUUCUACGCCACCUUGAAGGGUCGAGUGCUCUACCUGCAGAAGGACGAGUACCGUGGCGAGCGGCAGCUGACGGAGGAGGAGGUGAAGAACGCCGUGUCCGUGCACCACUCCCUCGCCCUGAGGGCCGCCGACUACAGCAAACGCCCCAACGUCUUCUACCUGCGCACGGCCGACUGGCGGGUGUUUUUGCUGCAGGCGCCGGACGCCGAGCAUAUGCAGUCGUGGAUCACGCGCAUCAACGCCGUGGCGGCCAUGUUCUCUGCACCCCCGUUCCCGGCGGCCAUCGGCUCUCGAAAGAGAUUCAGCCGUCCGCUGCUCCCGGGGUCCGACUCCAAGCUGUCGCAGGAAGAGCAGGUGAAAUCCCACGAGGGUCGCUUCAGGGCCGCGUCCGCCGAGCUGGAUGAUCUCUUGACCUCCAUGGCCGAGCACAAGGUGAAAGGUCGCGAGCUGGACGAGCAGAAGCUGCGGCGGGAGUACUUGGAGUUUGAGAAAACCCGUUACGGUACGUACGCCAUGCUGCUGAGGGCCAAAAUGUCCGCCGGCGCCGACGGCGACCUGUCGGCUUUCGAGGCGCGGCUCCUGGAGGACGGCCGCAACAGCCUGCAGAGGGCGCGCUCCAGCCCCACGCUGCCGCAGGAAGCGGGCGACGACAGCGCCGCGCCACACUCGCCCAGCAGAGACAAAGGAGGAAGCGUGAAGGCGAAGGCGAAGGCGAAGGCGUAAGCCCGUGCAGGGAAGCGUCGCUCGGACCUUCACAAUAAAAGUCUCAUCUCUUUCUAGCCAUUUGUGACAGGAAGCCGCUCUGCUUCUCCUAGCGACACUCGGCGAGCAGGUCGCCAUGACAACCGCUUAAGAUGGCCGGCGCCGCGUGGGGACUGUUGUCAUGGCGACGCCGGGAGGUUGUCGCGACCGGGCAAAAUAAACAAUGCGACCGCCGCGCCGCUUCGCCGUCAUCCUGAGGUGCGUUCUUUGGUCACGUGACACGCACACACCUCCUCUUGUCCCCUGCAGGACAGGAAGUGAACUGCACCUUAGCACAUUUUAUUCAGGACAACAAGCCAAGAAUGUCACUUUAACGGAAAAAGAAAGCCCAAACAAAUGUUGAGUUCAACAAGACAAAUAUAAUAAUAUUAAUAAAAUAGGAGCAUUUUCAUAA